UCCAUUCUGAGUGCGUAGCUCUCCAAUCUGAAUGAAAUCUCUUUCUUUUCUUUUCCUUGACAAAGUCUCUGAAGCCAGCCACAAGAUAUAGCUUAGUUAGUUAAUUCUUCUUUUUUCUCUUGGCAGCGUUGGCACUUGUAUUAAGUGCUUUUGCAUACAACAACAACAACAACAAAGUCUUUCUCUCUCUCUGGUGGGGGGGAGUAUAAUAGAAAGGCAGACAGGCAUAUCCCCAAAUAUGGAGGCGAUCACUGCUUCCUUAGAGAGGUCUCUUCAAAACUGUUCCCUAAACAACAACAGCCAACAACAGAACGGGAGGAGGAGGAGGAUUAGUAAGAGGAAAGACAAAACCACAGAUGCAUCAUCAUCCUCCACCACCACCACCACCACCAGCAGCUCAGACACUGCGUUAGAGCUCAACUCCCACAUCUCCCUCCCUUACCACUGGGAACAAUGCCUGGACUUGAAGACGGGAGAAAUUUAUUACAUAAACUGGAGGAACGGAAUGAAAGCAAAGGAGGAUCCAAGAAGAGCAGCAGAAGAAAGGGAGUGUGAAGAAGAAGAAGAUGAUGAGUCAGAAGAGAGUUGGUACGAAGAAGAUAGUGAAGAAGAAGAGUGUUCAUCUGAGUGUUCAAUAUCGAAAGAUGAGCAGCAAUUAUUAUAUGAAGAAGAAGAAGAAGAAGAAGAAGAAGAAGAAGAAGAAGAAGAAGAAGAAGAGAAACAGCAGAAUGUUCUUGUAGUUGGUGGUUGCAAGAGGUGUCUGAUGUAUUUCAUGGUGCCAAAGCAAGGUCAAGACUGCCCAAAAUGUAAUGGUCAACUUCUCCACUUUGAUCGAUCCCAAACUUGAUUCAUUCCUUCCAUCUCAACUCUCAAUCAAUCUCUCCUUUUCUUUUUCUUUUUAUAUUUACUAUUUUAUUUCAUUUUCCCUGCCA